ACAAACACGCGGAAGUACGGAGGAACUCUUGCUAACAACAACAGUCCAUUCUGGUGAUUUGUUCGAGCUCGCUGGAUCGGUUUUAACUCCACCAUGGCUCUGCCGGUUCAGUUCAGAAUCAUCCAGCACCACCUGCGGACCGCACAGGAACACGAGAAACGGGACCCGGUGGUGACUUAUUACUGUCGACUCUACGCCAUGCAGACGGGCAUGAAGCUGGACAGCAAAACACCCGAGUGCCGAAAGUUCCUGGUCAAACUCAUGGACCAGCUGGAGACGAUGAAGAAGGAGCUGAGUGAUAACGAGUCCAUCAGUCAGGAGGUGGUUGGGAACGCCCACAUCGAAAACUAUGCCUUAAAAUUAUUCCUCUACGCUGACAACGAGGACAGAGCAGGACGAUUCCACAAGAACAUGAUCAAGUCAUUCUACACUUCAAGUCUGCUGCUGGAUGUCUUGUCUGUUUUUGGGGAGCUGUCAGAGGAGAACAUCCAGCACAGGAAGUAUGCCCGCUGGAAGGCCACCUACAUCCACAACUGUCUAAAGAAUGGGGAGACGCCUCAGCCCGGGCCCAUCGGCAUGGGUGAGGACGAGGAAGCAGACGAGUUUGGUGCUGAAGGCUUCUCCGGCCUGGGCCUCUCCCACGGGGGUUCUUUUAGAGGCGGUCCUCCUUCACAGGCCUCCGAAGACCAGGACCACAGUUCGGUUCCAGGCCCCGCCCCUGGCAUAGGUUUUGCUUCCGGUCCAGGAUCAGCCCCAUCGGGUCCUCCGACCACAAACUACAACAACAUCCACAUCCCACCAGGAGCCCACGCUCCGGCCAACACGCCGGCCGAGCUGCCGCCGCCUACAGCAGAAGCUGUAAAACCUGUGCCUAUGCCCCGAUCAGUGCCCACUGUUGACCCCACACUGCUCAGCGCCCAGCAGCAGGGCGGCAUCCAACUCUCCCCGGAAGACUUCACCAAAGCCCAGAAAUACUGCAAGUACGCCGGCAGCGCCCUGCAGUACGAGGACGUGGGCACGGCCAUCCAGAACCUCCAGAAAGCCCUGAAACUCCUCACCACCGGCAAAGAAUGAGGCCCUUGUCCUCCUGCCGGCCCACUCCUCCAUCCCUUCUUUUCUCUCCCCCCCCCCCCUUUCACUCCAGCAGCGCCACUCUAUCCGUCACUGAUCCGGCCCAACAGCGAGCUGAGGAUGCAGCUCACUCUCUCACACACACACACACACACACACACUGAAGAGGGCCGUUGAGCUCGCCAUCAGACGAGGACACAAUGGAAAUCAGCGUUCAACAAUAGCUGCCUGUGUGUGGCUGCGAGUCGCACUGAUUGACAGGACAACAGUCCGACGGCAGAACACGGCGACUCUGACGACUGACGCACAUCACAGCUUCAUCAUUGGUCUGAGAAGACAGCAGAAGGUCCUCGGGCUGCCAUUUAACAUCACAGAGCUCGCCGCGUACGCAUCGGUAAACCGUUACCAUGGAAAGCAAAUCUCUGAAACAUCACUUUUUACAAAAAGUACAAAAUAAGUCUGAAAUCAUUCUGUUCAAACUUUAAAGAGAAAUAAACAAGAAAAUGAAAAUGUUCUGCUUUCCUGACACUAAACUGUGUCACAGGCAGAACGACGAUUUAGGAACUCGCAGAUCGACACAACAAAAACAGCGGAAAUAUUUGGUUUGAGUGCAGCAGGCUCUGUUUGUGUUCUGUGUAUAUGGUGAGAAAAAAAAUGUUCAACUCGAAGCUCGAAGUAACUUUAAGGUCACAACAUUCAACCUUUUUUCUGCUGACACAGCAUUAAUGACAAAUAACAACUGUAAGAGUUUCAGGGGCCAAACUAAAUUAAUUGGCGGCUAGAUUUAAGUAAUUGGGGGUUUUUUUUGUUGCCAUUUUUCCUGCAAAAUUACCCAAAAUCAUCAGAGAUUUCACGAGUGAGUCCAUGUCACGUCUUUUCUAACUGCGACGGAGGGCGCUGAGUGAUCUCGGACUCGAUCAGCUCAUCUUCUAAGUGCAGCUUCGAACUUCACACAAGUAUAUAAAAAAAACAACCUAAAUGUCAAUCUUCCCAUCACACAAUAAAACUAAUAAGAGUAUUCCUCAGAAUGCCAAGAGUGUGAGAUGACACGCGACAGACGCUGAACGAGCUAUGCUCGUUUUCAGACGGCCUUCAGCUCCCUGCUUCAGGUUCUCUUCUUCUACGAUAUCAGAAAGGAAAAAGUGUCUGUGUCUGAAUCACUGCUGUCGGGAUGUCUGCGACUGCUCGCUGUGAUUGUUUUGGCUGUUGGCGUUUUGCUCUUCUGUAACAGAAAACUGUCUCAUUUGUGUCACUGUCAAACGGACGCUGUCCUGAUAUUCAGUGAUGCAGAAUAAAUGGAGGCGGCGAGGCCUUGGGGCAGCGUGGCUAUCGGCCUUCUGACUCGUCGUGUGGCCGAGGAGGCGGAGGAUUAUCUCCUGAAAGCUUGUUUCAUGUUGACAUAUCACUGUGUGUGUGCUGGUGGAGAUGGGGGGUGGCAGUUGUUGUUUCAGCUUUAGUUCUUUUCUCUUUAUUUAAUGUUAAUCAUUCUUGGUUUGUUUGAAGGUUUUCAGAGUUGCACGAAGCUUCUGUCAGAAUCAGUGAUUUACAGCAAUUUGAAUAAAAUGUUGGAAAUGCGCAGCA